AUUUAGGUACAUUGUAAGCUUUUGUAUUUAUUUUCAUUUCUUGUAUUUUAUCGUUGCUAGACUAAUUUUGCUUAUUAGUUUUAGUUUCUUGAGAGAUUUCACCUCUGCUGGACUCGUUAUUAGGAACUUAUCUAGACAGCUUUCUAUUUUUGUUGCACUUACAGUAUCUUACGGACUAAGAAGUUUGUGUAUAUUCCUGUUCUCUUACAGGUUGAGAUGGCUCCUUUCCAUUUUGAUGAUGAAAUAAUUGUUCAGGAUGUAGAUGUGGAGGGCAAAAAGUACGAUAGAGUUUCGCGUAUUGAUGCAAAGAGUGAAGAUGGAAAGAUGGACAUGCAGCUUGAUGUCAACUCUGAAUUGUAUCCCAUGAAGCCUAAGGAAAAGUAUAGAAUGGUUUUAUCUGAGAGUUUGUUUAUGGAUGGUUCAGCAGUUACAAACUACUUCCCCCCGCAACAGCAGAAAUCGCUCGCAGACAAAUUUGAGUAUGUCAUGCAUGGGCUAUUGUACAAGAUGUCUGAGGAAAAAGGAAAAACUGGUGUUAUCAAAGUGACUGCAUAUAUUUCAUUCGGAGGGCUUCAGCUAAUGAUCACCGGCCCUCCUUCAAGGAUGCACAGAUACAAGGAAGGAAUGAGGCAGAAAUUUAAGGCUAAAAUCGUCACUGCAGUUUCCCUCUUCGUUUUGUUGGCGCUCGUGGUGGGUUCAAAUGCCAGUGGAAUCUCCAUCUACUGGGGUCAGAAUGGAAACGAAGCCAGUUUAUCAGAGACUUGUGAUACAGGGCUCUAUGAGUAUGUGAAUUUGGCUUUCCUUUGUACAUUUGGCAAUGGACAAACUCCGCAGAUCAACCUGGCUGGACACUGCGAUCCAUCUGUAAACGGCUGCGUUGGUUUAAGCUCCGACAUCAAAUCCUGCCAAGCCAAAGGAGUGAAGGUGAUUCUUUCCAUAGGAGGUGGUGCAGGAAGCUACUAUCUUGCCUCUGCGGAAGAUGCCAAACAAGUUGCGACUUACUUGUGGAACAACUAUUUAGGUGGACAAUCAUCUUCCAGGCCUCUUGGAGAUGCUGUGUUGGAUGGAAUUGACUUUGAUAUUGAAGGAGGAACAAAUCAGUACUGGGAUGUUCUAGCUAAAUCUCUUUCGGCUUAUAGCAAACUCGGUAAGAAGGUCUACUUGACAGCCGCGCCUCAGUGCCCUUAUCCUGAUGCCUGGGUUGGUGGUGCCCUUCAAACUGGUCUUUUCGACUAUGUUUGGGUUCAAUUCUACAACAACCCCCCGUGUCAGUACUCUGGAGACUCGAGCAACCUUGACAGCGCGUGGAAUGAUCAUUGGAAUUCGAUCCCGGCUGGGAAUAUUUUCCUUGGUUUGCCGGCGGCUCCUGAUGCCGCCCCGAGCGGGGGGUUUAUUCCGGCUGAUGAGCUUGUUUCCCAAGUGCUUCCGGCUAUUUCAGAUUUUCCAAAGUAUGGAGGUGUUAUGCUUUGGUCUAAAUUCUAUGAUGAUCAAACUGGAUACAGUGAAUCCAUCAAGGCUGAUGCACAAGAAGAGAGCAAGAAAUUUGUUCUGAAGGGGGAAGCAAUAGGCAGCAUCAAUGUAAAAAUAAAGCAAUCAUCAAAACAUGUUGAAAUCGAUAUAUCACAAUUGAGGGGAUAUGAGAAACAUGUUAUUGUUGAGCUCAUCAAGGAGAAAAGUGGGAAUCAUAAGAAAUCAACAGGUGAUUCUUCACUGUGCAAUCAUGACAACUGUAGAGCUGUAAUUCUAUAUGAUGCAGACAAGCUUCCCACUGAAGCCCUACUCUAUAUCAAGUGGGUUUUAGAACGGUAUAAAGCUUGCAAUAAGAUCUUCUUUUGCUGUAGUGAUGCCUCAAGGAUAGAGCCAUUACGUUCACUUUGCACACUUGUUCAACUUCUACCACCUUCCGAUGAAGAAAUAAUUGAUGUUCUAAGAUUCAUAGCAGAAAAGGAAGGAAUACAACUGCCACAAAAAUUGGCUGCCACGAUUGCUAGAAGCUCCAAGCAUAACCUAAGACAAGCCAUACGCUCAUUUGAAGCGACCUGGCACUUCAAUAACCUGGCAGAAGAUCAAGAAAUCAUGACUGGUUGGGAGGACGACAUGGCAAACAUUGCUAAAGAUGUGAUAGAGGAACAAAGCCCAAAGCAGUUAUACAACAUCCGCAGCAAACUCCAGAACCUAAUAGAGCAUAACGUAUCAGCUGAGUUCAUUUUUGAAACUUUAGUGAAAGAACUAAAGAAGAAUUUGGAUGAGCAACUGUGGAAGCAGAUUGACAGUUUGUAUGAGAAAUACAAUAAAAAUGAUGAUUCAGGGAAUCCUUUUGCACACCGUCAAGAAGAAAUGGGUAAGAGACUACAAGAUCCAGUUAAAAAGGCCAUCCACCAGUUUAUGAGGAUCGAAGAAUUUAUAGCAAAGUUCAUGAGCUGGUACAAGGGUAUGGUUGUUAAGAACAAGGAAACAAGUAGCCACACAUCCUAG